AUGAGCUCGCCAACUUCUCUUCGCCAUGAAGACUUCACCGUAGCUUGGAUCUGCGCCUUGCCCGUGGAGAUGGCAGCCGCCGAGGCGCUGCUGGACGAGCGUCUACCCGACCUGCCCGCCCAACCUCACGACAACAACACAUAUACUUUCGGUGUCUGUCACGGCCAUCGCGUUGUUAUUGCUAGUCUGCCGUCUGGGGUUUACGGGACUAAUUCUGCAGCGGUCAUAGCUACUGAAGUCCGCAUACGUUUCCCAUCUCUUCGGUUUGGACUGAUGGUCGGAGUGGGCGGAGGGGUGCGUGACGCUGGAGUUCAGCUCGGGGAUGUUGUCGUGAGCAAGCCCACUCGUGAAUAUGGAGGAGUUAUACAAUAUGACUAUGGGAAAGCGAUCGAUGGGGGUGAAUGGGAGCACACGGGAAUGUUAAACAAACCACCGACGGUUUUGCUGACCGCAAUUUCUAGACUUCAGGCAACACAUCUGCAAAAGCCGAGUCGGGUUUCAGAGUUAGUCUCAAAAGUCCUUGCGGUAAACCCGAGUAUGGCGGCUACUUUCGGGUGUCCGCAAUCAUCAGAAAUUGCGAUAAGUGGGAGAAUUACGAGCCUGGAACAGCCGUGUGGAAUUCACUACGGCUUGAUCGCAUCAGGUAACAAGGUCAUCAAGGACGGAAAGCUCCGGGAUAAAAUUGCAAAGAAAUAUGGCAUUCUGUGCUUUGAGAUGGAAGCUGCUGGCUUGAUGGAUAAUUUCCCCUGCCUUGUUAUCCGAGGAAUUUGCGACUACGCUGAUACGCACAAGAAGAAAGACUGGCAAGGAUAUGCCUCCCUGACGGCAGCUGCCUACGCGAAAGAGCUCCUCACUGUGAUCCCGAGGCAUUCUGUUCUAGAGGCCCCAACUGCCGCGUUAAGCCUGGACUGGCAGAUUGGUAAUUACUCUUCGAUAAGGGAGCCAUUGUCCAGUGGUUGGGUCAGCAAGUCGAGAUUCGCUUGUGAUGACGAUUUUCUGGCGCGCAUCACACGCUACGACCACGAAAGAGUACACCAGAGGCUUUCACGGAAAAGACUCCUCGGAACUACACAAUGGUUCUUAGAUCACCCGGAAUUUCAGGCCUGGCUUUCUAACAAGGCCUAUCCUUGGCUAUGGUGCUCUGGUAAAAGUAAGCGCCCCCAAGAUCUCUCAUGCAUGGCAUUGGUCACUUACUAUGCCACAGUCGGCUCUGGGAAAUCCAUUAUCGCAGCCACCGCAAUUGAGGAAGCGCGUAGAAAAUCGUUGCAACCCCAUGCCCCUAUCAUCUUCUUUUACUGCGACGUGCAAUAUGAUUCGGACCUAUCUCAGUUGCUCUCGAGCUUCAUACGUCAACUGACAGAAUUCAUCAUCAAGAGGGCUCAGCAAUUCUCGGGAAACGGCCAAAGAAUGCUGCAAAGAUAUUUCGGAAGCGAAAGGGAAGUCCCGGGUAUUGAUGAUUUGGAAGACAUAUUUGCUAGUCUGUCUUCUGAUGUGUCAUAUGCCACCUAUGUAAUAGAUGGCCUUGACGCAUUGGAACAGGUAGACGCAAGGCGUCUCCUUACUUAUCUCAGAUCGCUAUGCAGAACCGGCGGGGAUAAAGCCAUAGGCCCACGGCUACUCAUUUUCAGCAGAGAAUACUUUGUGGGAGGCACAAGUGUCGCGACAUACCUUCCGAAUGUACCUCAAAUCUCCACGACUUACAAUGUGUUACAAGAUAUUCGAGUCUACAUAAGAGAAAGUAUUGCAGACCAAAUGGUGCUUCAACAGCUUACUGAAGACAAUCAGCUUAUCAGGGAUAUGGAAAAUAUCUUACUGCAAGAGUCUUCGGGAAUGUUUCUGUGGGUUUAUCUGCAAAUCGAGAUCAUUUGGUAUACUUGUGCCACCGAGCAAGAAAUACGUGUCGCUUUAGCAACUUUACCAAAAGGUCUUGAGGAAACAUACCGGCGCUGUGUGAAGAGGAUAAAAUGUCACGACCUUCGUGCUAUCAGAACACUUAUCUGGGUUCGCUUCAGCGCACGACCGCUUCAUUGUGAAGAAUUGCAGGAAGCAGUAGCCUUGGACUUGAACGACAAAUGCUGGGACCGGGGAAAGAUUCCACGAAGUGACUUUAUCUUGGGUUGGUGCGCAAACCUCGUCGUCUUAGACCCUGUCGAUAGCUGUGCGCGCUUCGCACACCCAUCAAUCUGCCAGUACCUUGACAGCAGUUUCGAUGCAUAUUUGCCUCAAUUUGCAGAGUCCUUCCGCUCAGGGAACCAGAUUUGUGGACGUCUUUGCAUCACGUAUCUUUCGUUCUCUGAUUUCAACCUUCAUCUUUCAAAGACAACAAAGUCUGUGGAGUGGAAUGUGCGAGGCAAAGACUUGCUUCCACAGUAUGUCCCAUGCUUUCGCCUUAUCAAAAGUCUUUUGUCAUCGAGGCUAGAGCGUCGUUUCUCUGUCUCACUACCUUCACCCCACAUACGUACUGUGCCAUCGCCGUCUUCAGCGCGCUAUCGGUUUCUGUCCUAUGCACGAAGUCAUUGGACAACUCAUACCAAGCAAUUCUCCGAGGAAGAUCCUCUGUGGGGCAUGUUCAAGCUCUUGGCACUGACAUCUAAUGAAAGUUGGGGUCUUCAUCCAUGGAGAGCAGAUGCUCGCUCUCAGUUUUCGCACUUGCAAGCCAUGUUUGGAUGGGCAGUCAGGGAACGCCACUUGCCACUUUUCAGACUUACAAUGCAAUUUCCAGACCACAUACGACGCAUUUGUGAUUUACCGCUUAGUGGGGAGCUGCUUCCGGCCCUACACUAUGCUUGUAAACAGGGAUAUUCUGAUGUGGUCUCCCAGCUACUGCCCUUCUGUGACAUCAACAGAGCGGAUCUGCAAGACUUCACCCCAUUGCACUACGCUGUUGAAAGAGGCCAUGCUAACAUAGUGGAGAUUUUGUUAUCUCAGAAAAGGCUUAACGCUCAUAGAAGUUCUGACGUCAAAGGAGAACUGCUUCUGUUGGCGUCUAGUAAAGGCCAUACAGAAACGGUCAAUAUCCUCAUAAAGAAAGGUGCAGAUCUAGAGGCCAGAAAUUCGAAAUCACAAACUAGCCUGAUAUUGGCUGCUGCGUCUGGUCAUAUACUCACGGUAAAGCUCCUCGUUGAGGAGGGAGCCGAUAUGGAAGCCGUCGAUCAUGAAGGGGAUACUGCCCGUCUCUAUGCUCUUCAGAACCGUAACAUGGAAGUAGUCAAUUGCUUUUUUGACAUUGACCUGGCAAACAAUCGGUGCAAGAUGGAAUCCGUGCUACUUGCAGCAGUUCAGGAUGACGAUCCUGAAUUGGCCACUCUUCUAAUCAAUAAGGGGCUCGACCCGAACUCAAGUUGCAAGACGGGCAUCAGUCGGGAUGAUUGUACAAUUCUCACUUGGGCCGCCAAGAAGGGAUACAAAGAUUUGGUGCAACAGCUUAUUCACUACGGUGCGGAUGUCAAUUUGCAGGAUAACAAACGUUGGACUCCACUUGCUCGGGCUGCACAGUAUGGUCAUGACUCCGUCGUCAGACUACUUAUCGAGCGUAACGCCUUUAUUGAUUUUCCUAACGAUAGCUUUACGCCCCUUCAAGUUGCUGCAGCCAACGGAGAAGAUAGCACGGUGAAAAGUCUCAUUCAGCAUGGCGCAGAUGUUAAUCUCUCUUACGAACAGUUUACGCCCCUUCAACUUGCUGCAGCUAAUGGGAGAAAGAGCACAGUCCGAAUUCUCAUCCAGCAUGGAGCGAGUGUCACACAUCUAAAACUGGCACCCGAUUCAUUCAAGUACACAUAUCUAGGGGAUGAUGUGUUGAAGCUGUUGAGCCUAGGAAGGGCCUCUCCAUUGGAGAUUCGAAACACUGGGGGUCGCACAGCUUUUAGGAGGGCCGUAGAGAUGGGUCAUAUGGGUAGAGCCAAUAACCAUGAGCGGCGACUAGUCGCGCGGCGUCCUCUCGAAUAG